GUCACUGCAGCUAGAAAUGACUGCUGCAGCCAACUACUGUAGUCUGUAGACAAUGUGCAUUCGGAGCAAGAAGCCAUCUGGGAGUGAUCAUGUCAAAGUGGUGUUGACGGCUUUCACGUUGACGGCUUUCACGGUAGAGAAGAUAGGGGCACCACCAAAGACCACCAGAAGAAUAAGUCAAGGCUCAGCUUCCUGCCUGUCCGGCCCCAUUGUCUACGGCCUGAAGAGCCAUGGAUUCCGACAUGGAGGACUAUGGCUUUGAGUAUUCAGAUGAGGAGCAAGAGGAGCAAGAUGUUGAUAUUGAGAACCAGUACUACAACUCAAAAGGUCUGGUGGAGGGCGAUCCCAAGGCUGCUCUAAGAGGUUUUGAAGAGGUGGUCAGAAUGGAAGGCGAAAAGGGGGAGUGGGGCUUCAAGGCUCUUAAGCAGACUGUCAAGCUACACUACAAGCUCGGCAACCACAAGGAGAUGAUGGAGGCCUAUCGAGAGAUGCUCACGUACAUCAAGUCUGCGGUGACCCGAAACUACAGCGAGAAGUGCAUCAACAAGAUCCUGGACUUUGUGUCGAGCAGCCAGAACCUGGAGCUGCUGCAAGAGUUCUAUCAGACCACUCUGCAGGCGUUGGAGGAGGCCAAGAACGAGAGGUUGUGGUUCAAGACAAAUUUGAAGCUAUGUAAACUGUGGUUCGACCUUGGGGAAUACACGCGAAUGAACAAGAUUCUGAAAGAGUUGCACAAGUCGUGUCAACGAGAAGACGGUACGGACGACCAGAAGAAGGGCACGCAGCUGCUCGAAGUGUAUGCCAUUGAGAUUCAGAUGUACACAGAGACGAAGAACAACAAGAAGUUGAAGCAACUGUACCAGAAAGCGCUGUCCAUCAAGUCGGCCAUCCCGCACCCGCGCAUCAUGGGCAUCAUCCGCGAGUGCGGCGGCAAGAUGCACAUGGCGGAGCGCCAGUGGGCCGAGGCCGCCACCGACUUCUUCGAGGCGUUCAAGAACUACGACGAGGCUGGGACACACCGCCGGAUACAGUGCCUCAAGUACCUGGUGCUUGCGAACAUGCUAAUGGAGUCGGAAGUGAAUCCGUUUGAUGCGCAAGAAGCGAAACCGUACAAGAACGACCCGGAAAUCCUCGCCAUGACCAAUCUAGUUGCAGCAUACCAACGAAACGACAUCCUAGACUUCGAAAAGAUACUGAAGAACAACCGGAAGACCAUCAUGGACGACCCGUUCAUUCGGAACUACAUCGAAGACCUGCUCAAAAACAUCCGCACGCAAGUCCUCCUCAAGCUCAUCAAGCCCUACACGCGGAUCAGGAUCCCCUUCGUCUCCAAGGAGUUGAACAUCCCCGAAGUGGACGUAGAGCAGCUGCUUGUGUCGCUCAUAUUGGACAACCGAGUACACGGCCACAUCGACCAGGUCAACCAACUGCUCGAACUGGGGGAUAGGACGAAAGGCGUGAAGCGAUACACAGCGGUUGACAAGUGGACGGCGCAACUAAAGUCCUUACACAAUACAGUCGUCAACAAGCUUGGUUAGCAAGACCCAAUAGUUCUUGACAUGGUGACCGCACGAGUUUCAGCACAAUGCUUCGUACCCGGCUCCGACAACAUCAAGCAUUCUCUUGUUUCCCUGUCUAAAAAAUUGAGAUUGAAAGCCAUGCCCAUAAGUUGGUGAGAUAUGCCGGCCGUCGAUUCAUGUCUCCAUAUAUCGAGUAUGAA